AUGUUGAACCCUCGACCCUGGACCCUCGGCCCCCGGCUUUCGACCUGGACCCUGAACCCUCGACCCUUGAUCCUCGACGCUCGACCCUCAACGCCCGGUACACGGUCGUCGUCCCUCAACCCUCGACCUUCCGUGCCCUCGACCCUCGACCCUCAACGCCCGGUACACGGUCGUCGUCCCUCAACCCUCGACCUUCCAUGCCCUCGACCCACGACCCACGACCCUCGACCCUCUACUCUCGAUGCUCGACCCUCGGGCUCAACGUUCGACCCUCUACCCUCCAACCUCAAUCCUAACAAUAAACCUUAA